AUGGCAGCAGGUGGUGCUGCACCAUCAGACGUCGCUGGCACGAGCAUCCGUUCUUGGAACGCAGUCCGCGAGUUGAGAGACAACUUCGGGCCUCUGUCCACAUUCCUCGUCCGAGUUGAUGAGAGCGGGGCGCUGACAAUCAUGCGCUUUAAAAAGCGAUAUGGCGCAAAAGGGUUGGAGAAGAUGGUCUCGGCAUUGAUGGGAUACGAAGAGGCGAUAUUCGACGCCCAAAUCAAGAUGCUUCCCCUGGUUGAGAUUGCCGAGAAGACCCAUGAUCCAUUUCUCUCUGCGGCCUACCAUGAUCCGAAGCUGCUGAGAGGAUUCAACAAUCUCACAGAGGCGAACCGAAGGUUUGAAAGACACAACACACAAGAUGGUGGUGGCAUUCCGGCGGAGCGCGCAAUUGUCCUAGGUUGGAAGUUGAAAAAGAGUUAUGUCGACGGGCUUGUCAUCGGCAUCGUGACGCUUGCUGGAGGAGCAGGUUUGGCAAUGGGUCUCGCCUGCCGCAACGCGACACUUGGGUUCGCCAUUGGUACUGGAAUCGCAACCACUCUGGGGCUGACAGUCCCCUUACUGGCAGCCCUCUUGGAUUGA